AUGAAAAAUAUUUUUUCUUAUCUACUUUUUAUUAUACCUACAUACUCAUUAAUCAAAAUCCCGAAAGAACAAAAUAACAUUCUUGUAGAUUUCCAAGACAAUAGUAUUGAAAGUACAGCAGAAAUUGUUCAAUCUAUUAAAUUUAAAAAUUGUUCACAAUUUGAACAAAAUGAAAUUAAAAAAUGUGCCGGAUCUUUUUAUGAGUUAGGACUUUUCGAUGAACAAUUUGAUGGUUUUAAUUGGCAUGCAGCAUUAAUAACAGCUAAAGCAUAUUUUAGUAAAAUGUGUGAUAAUUUUCUAAAUUUUAAUGUAUGUAUUGAACCAUACAAAUUAGGAUGUUUAGCUGAAGAACCUGCUAGAGAAAGAUAUGAAUUUAUUGUUAAACUUUUUGAAUUCAUCUGUCGUGAUGGAUAUGGAGAAGUUACAAAGAACUUAGAAUGUUUUCAGAAAACAAUGACAAGAGCCGAGAUGAUGCAAUGUCAGGCGGAAAUGCUAGCAGAUACAAAUAAAAUAAGCACCCAGAUACCGGAAAGUGGUAUUGCAAAAGAUAAUGCUGUUUGUGGUGCUAUGAGAAAUUAUGUUGAUUGUGUUAGAUAUCCCGUCAAAUAUGAAUGUGGUUACAGAGCAUGGUUAAAUGUACGUGAAAUAAUUGUAAAACCUCUAGAAGUCAUUAUGCCACAAUGUGAAUUCAAUCAUGGAUCAAAAAAAUCUUUUUCAUUGUUAAUAUUACUUUUAGUUAUUUUUCUGUUUAUUUAA